CGGCAGCGUGGCUUUGUAGGAUACUGUUUACCUUCAGAGCGCUGGAGAGUGGAAGCUGAGUUCAGGUCACGUGACCGCGCGCCAUGCAAAUCAGUCCCCAGCUCGAACGUGAUUGGUCGCUUCGCUCUCAUUUAGCGGCUGUCAAAGCGCAUCAUAUGGCCGCUCUGCUACUAACUUUUCUCCCGCGCCGCACAAAGUAGCUCACAGGCUUUUUCACGGCACUGGAUGAGAAAUUCAAAAGCUGAAAAGAAAGGUAAAGAAAAUAGCGACUUGUAUCGUUUUGGAUUGUAUACCUUGCCUUGUUCUGUGGGGAACCUUUUCUUUUACGCGUCUGUGCCAGCGGACAGGACAGGGACGCCGCUGUUUGGCUCCAAGAGUGAAUGUUUCUCGCGUGUUGAGUGCGAAAGUUAAAGCCAGGUGAAUGUAUAGCAUGAUGAUGGAGACGGACUUGCAUUCCCCGGCUCCCCAAACGAACACGAGUGCGGGGCACACGGGCCAAAACGCUCCGGGGAAACUGAGCCAGGAGCGCGUCAAGCGCCCCAUGAACGCAUUCAUGGUGUGGUCCCGCGGGCAGCGGCGGAAGAUGGCACAGGAGAACCCCAAAAUGCACAACUCGGAGAUCAGCAAGAGGCUUGGGGCCGAGUGGAAGGUCAUGUCCGAGGCGGAGAAGCGGCCUUUCAUUGACGAGGCGAAGCGUCUGCGCGCAAUGCACAUGAAGGAGCACCCGGAUUACAAGUACCGGCCACGCAGAAAGACCAAAACGCUGCUUAAAAAGGACAAAUACUCCCUGGCCGGCGGGUUGCUCGCAAGUUCUACCGGCGGUGGCGGUGUGACUCUGGGGAUGAGCACUGUGCAGAGGUUAGAGAGUCCCGUGGGUCACGGCGGCGGAGCAGGCGCGGCGAGUUACGCACACGUGAACGGCUGGGCAAACGGCGCGUAUACAGCAGCCGCCGCCGCAGCCAUGAUGCAGGAGGCGCAGUUAGCCUACGGGCAGCACGCAAGCGCUGGCGCCGCUCACCAUCACGGACACCACCCGCAUCACCAUGGACACCACCACCCGCACCAUCAGCACGCCGCCAGUGCGCAGUCCGUGCACCGCUACGACAUGAGCGCGCUGCAGUACAGCCCCAUGUCGAACUCUCCGAGCUACGUGAGCGCCUCGCCGUCGGCCUACGCUGCCAUGCCGUACACGCAGCACCAGAGCUCUGUCUCGGCGGCGGCGGGAGGCGUCGGCACGCUCGGAUCGCUCGUGAAGCCCGAGCCGAGCGCGAGCCCUCCCCUCAGCGCCGCAUCCCGCGCGCCCUGUCCCGGUGACCUGCGCGAGAUGAUCAGCAUGUACUUACCGGCGGCCGAGGCUGGAGACGCGGCUGUUCAGAGCAGACUGCACGCGCUGCCGCAGCACUAUCAGAGCACUGCCGCUGCCAUUAACGGAACCGUCCCACUGACGCACAUUUAA